AAACAGCCGUCGAAAUUUGUCACCGGCCGGAGAAGUCCGCUUUCAUGUGUGAUCGCUGUAGUCAGGCACUUCGUCCCUAGGACCUAUGGUACCUCUCUACCAUAGGUUUUGUCUCGCCUAGACUACGCGAAUAUCAGACAAACCGAGGGGGGUAGCGCCAGGUACCAAAGGAAGGGUUUGCUAGCUGCAUGGAAGCGGGCCUUCUUGCGCCCUGCGGCGGCCUAACAGGCUUUGAUGCUCUUUUUCUGAAUGCUUCCUGCGUCAGCGAAUCCAUACUUUUCAUUCUUUCAAGUUUCAUGCUUUGCCAUGCAGCUACCUGAGCAAUGAGCCGGGGCAACGAAACACCUACUCAGAGACCGGCCGCAAUGGCCCGGUUCAGCCUGGCUUCCCCAAACACCAGGGUGAUCUUCUUUUCCUUCCUCAGUCUAGUUCUUGGCAUCCUUUUGGGGCGUGUUUCACAGUCCUCGGGAGCGUGGAUGAAGAACACCAGCUCUCCGUUGCCCUCCAGCAAGUCUGCGGAGAUGCUGGGCCUGCGGCUCCAAAACGGGGGGGAGUGCACGCCCCAGCCGUGCCCCCCCUGCCGAGAGAAGUGCGGGGAAGUUCGUGAUUGCAUACGGCGGGACGGGCAAAAGAUCAGCGCUUAUGGGGAGUAUGCAAAGCGGAUUGCGAUGCCGGCGGGGGAGCGGAUACAGGGGCUGCUCGUGGGGGUGCUCCAUCCCGAGCUUCAGUUUCGGCCAGGAUACGCACACGGGCAAACAGAUGACUGUGAAGAUCCAAGCUAUCUUAUACCCUGGCUGCUCGGCAACCAAGUCGACCUCAAUUCUGCUAGCAGGCGCGUCUUUUUGGACUUGGGGGCCGCCGCGUUUAAUUCGAGCACCGGAUGGUUCAUGCGGAACUACCCGGUGGACUUUGAUGAGAUCCACGCCUUUGAGGUCGUGCCUGACCUCUUCGAGCCGCCGUAUGACGUCAUCGGGGCGCUCCCGCACCCGCCGGUCGUGACGCAGUACGAGAUGAUGGUCGGCGUGAGCGACGAGGCCAACACGAGCCUGGGAGUCCCGGGCGUCGACAUCCUGAGAUUCAUUACCGGGGAGCUGCGGAUACGGGAGGAGGACACGCUGAUUGUCAAGAUGGACAUCGAAGGAGGCGAAUGGGAAGUGUUGCCCGCGCUUUUGGAAGCCCCGGCGGUGCUUCGGUUGAUAGACGAGCUGUUUGUGGAGACACAUUACGGAGAUCCUAUCAUGAGAGCCUGCGGAUGGGACCAAUUUUAUCCGAAAAAGCUGGAGGACGCGCUCUCGUUAGUGAACCAGCUUCGACAAGCAGGGUUGCGAACACACUUCUGGCCGUGACUUGCUACUUCGCGGUGUUGGAGUGUUGGUUAGCCUAUGCAUUGGCAGCUUAGUCUUUCUCGAAAACACCUUAUACUACUUUAGGAGGUUGCGAGAAAAGUGAGAGAGGCAAUCACCGGAUUGUAUUAAUUCAGAAACUGGCGAGCAAAGUGAAAGAGCCGAUGUUCGAACAAAAGUUACCGAGGGAGAGGGCUAAGAAAAGGUAGUCAAAGUUAGAACGUUGCUUUCGUAUGUUGUCGUGGUGUUUGAUUGAAGCGCCUAGUUCAUUGACACUCGUAAACUUGAGUAGACCAUAAAUUCGUGCUCAACAUGUAGGCGGCUCAGCGUGGUAACAAAAUCGAGGUUUGGAUCGGAUAUCUCUUACUUUGAUCAAGGGAAUGGAGUAGGAUACGUGGUCCCUUCGAUUUACGCAAUCUUGUUGAGGUGGCAAGGCCAAUGCGAAUCAGAAAGUGUGGCUAACGACGGACCGCUGCUGUAGAUCGAUGACACCAGAGCAUAAAUUGUGGUAUGUUCUAUUGAACCCGGUUGCGAGCCUUCACAGGUGCUAUUGACAAGCUUGCUUCGAACUUGUCGUUUCUAUUCAGGGCGCCGUGCACG